CGUUAUGAGUUCUUGGCUCAUUUUCUGGCAAUACAGAUGAAGACUCCGACUGUGGAUCGAAGUAUAGGUAUUCUUUCUUGAUCCUGAAAAGCCCGCUCAAGCAAAAUACAAAUUCAUGAAAGGAUUCAUAGAUCUCUGAACAAGUCUUCCUGGUUUUAGCUACCAAAAUUUACUGGCACGCCAUUUUAAGUCACAGCUAGCUGUUCAUACCCUAAAAAGAUACUCUCUGCACCAUCUACCCAUCUUCUUCAAGAAAAAAACAAAAUGGCUCUUCUAACUAAUCCUGUUUAUUUUAUUAUGGACACCAUGUGAAUAUUAUUUACGUCUCACUCUAACACCAUCUCUAUAUAUACAUACUUUUACCCACAUAUAACAAAACCAGUACCACCAACUGUUUAUAUAUAGACAUUAAUUUCUUGUUUCAGGGGAAUAAAGAAACAUGGCGGAGAAUAGAACAGAGAAUAAAGAACUGCUAAUAACAGUUCCAAGAAAUGAAGAUCUAAAGGAUUCAGCUACUGGUGUAGCAAAAAUGAGUCCUAGGUGUUUACCGAGUCCCGGUAAGCCCCCGAAAAUCCCACAGAUUGAUUCUUUAGGCGGCGAAAGAAGCGCGACAGUGAGGAGAACAGCGAAUAGAGAACUGCUGAUAACAGUCCCGGACGACGAAGAAUUACAUGACUCGGCUUCUGGGUUAGCGAAAAUGAGCCCAAGGCCGAGCCCUGGUAAGCCUCCAAAAAUCCCAUUUUCUGAUGAAAAUAUUCUGACUAGAAGAAGAACUCUGGCAAGGUCAAUGAUUUCAAAACCAAAAUCAAGAUUUGGAGAACAGCCACUUCUUGUGGAUGCUUCCGUACUGGAAGAUGAUAAUUUAGCUAAUAUUGAAGAACAUAUUUCUAGAAACCCAUCUUUCAGGAAGUCGUUAAGUAGAGGAUCAUAUUAUAGCAAGUCCGGUCAUUCUGUUAUUCGGACAAACUCCAUCGCUCCCCACAACGCAGGAGGUCUGUCCGGACGUGUAGAUGACGAGGAUGAUGACGACGUGGAGGAUGUUGUCAAGAAAGUUCAAAUUUUAAAAGAAAAGAACAAGAAAUUAGGUUUUAAAGCUGUUAUGCAGUGGCUUAUAUUUCUUUGCCUUUUGAGUUUCUUGAUUGCAAGCUUUACAGCUGAGAAAUUCGAGAAAUGUAAGAUCUGGGGCUUGGAGUUUUGGAAAUGGUGUGUUCUUGCUCAGGUAAUUUUCUCAGGAAUCAUGGUUACUACUUGGUUUAUGAAUAUUAUUGUUUUCUUGAUCGAGAGGAAUUAUUUACUGCGAAAAAAGGUUCUGUAUUUCGUUUACGGAUUGAAAAAGAGUGUUCAAGUGUUCGUAUGGAUCGGUUUGGUUCUUCUUACUUGGGUCCUUUUAUUUGAUUGUGACAUGAAGCGCUCCAAAAAAGCUAGAAGAAUUCUGCACGGCAUAACUUGGACUCUGGCCGCGCUUCUUAUCGGAUCAUUUUUGUGGAUGAUCAAGACUUUAUUAUUAAAGAUUUUAGCCUGUAGUUUUCACGUAAACACGUUCUUCGACAGAAUUCAAGAAUCAAUCUUUCAUCAGUAUGUUCUGCAGACACUUUCAGGGCCUCCUCUGAUAGAGGAGGCUGAGAAAAUUGGAAAAUCGGUUAGCAUGGGUCAAGUCAGUUUCAGGAAUACGAAAAAGAGUAAGAAAAAGGAGACAAAAGUGAUUGAUAUGGAGAGAAUUUAUACGAUGAAGCAAGAAAAAGUUUCGGCUGGUACCAUGAAAACUUUGGUAGAUGCAAUCACCAAUUCAGGACUGUCUACACUUUCUAAUGUAUUGGACGAGAGUGUUAAUGGAACAUGUAUGCAAAGUGAUGAUAAUGAGAUUCACAACGAGAUGCAGGCCAUUGCCGCUGCGUAUCAUAUUUUCAAGAAUGUUGCUAAGCCUGAUUCGAAGUACUUUAAUGAAGAGGACUUAAUGAGGUUUAUGAUUAGGGAAGAGGUGGAUCUUGUUUUCCCACUGUUUGAACCGCCUGAGAAUGGACAAAUUGACAGAAAAUCUCUCACAAAUUGGGUGAUUAAGGUUUACAACGGUCGGAAAGCACUUGCACAUGCUUUAUGUGAUACCAAGACUGCAGUGAAACAACUAAACAAAGUUGUGUGGGGAGUUAUUAUAAUAGUGACGAUUUUUAUUUGGGUUCUCCUACUUGAAGUUGCAAGCACAAAAUUCAUUUGGGCCGUCGCAACAAAUAUCCUAGUAGUUGCCUUUAUGAUGAAGAAAACAUGUACAACUGUAUUUGAAGCUCUUAUGUUUGUUUUCGUGGCGCAUCCAUUUGACGUCGGUGAUCGUUGCGUUGUCGAUGGCAUGAUCUUAUUGGUCGAGGAGAUGAACAUUUUAACGACGGUUUUCUUGAAGCUUGAUAAUGAAAAGGUGUACUAUCCGAAUGCUAUUUUGGCGACCAAGCCGAUCUCCAAUUUUUAUAGAAGUCCUGACAUGGGAGAAGCUAUUGAAUUCUCAAUUGAUUUUGCAACUUCUAUGGAGAAGAUUGGAUUACUUAAAGAUAAAAUUAAGCAGUACUUGGAAAACAAUCCCCAACAUUGGUACGCUGGGCAUGGAUUUGUGGUGAGAGAAAUAGAGAAUGUGAACAAACUAAAAAUGGCUGUGUACUGUUCUCAAACAAUCAACUUUCAAGAUUGGCCUGUGAAGAGCGGCCGGAGGAGUGACUUUGUUUUUGCUAUCAAGACGAUGCUCGAAGACUUAGGUAUCACGUACUACUUUCCGCCCCAGCAAAUUCACCUCCGCCAUAUCGGACCAGAUGCUGCAAUUGCCUCCAAAUUUUGAUUAAGUUGUAACUGUAAUCUCUCUUUUUUAUUUUGCUUUAAUUUUGACAUAUAUGGCUUGGGUUGCAAUUGCAAAUAAGAUCUUGACCACUCAUUUGUAAAUCGAAUUCAAUUGACUGCUUUGAUGAACUGUUUAUUCAAAUAGUCUUGUGUUUAAUAAAUAUGAAACCUUUAUUCAA